AUGCAGUUCUCCUUCGUCAUCAGUGCGGUUGUUUCCGCCCUUAUCAGUACUUCUGCUGCUGCCACGUUGGACUUAAGGGCUGCUGCGCCCAAGGCGCUUGCAGCUCGCACUGUUAUUGACGAGUGCACUGAGGCGAACGACUGCUGCAUUUCCACCCGCGGUGCCUGCACCCGCCAGGCAAUCAACUGGGCCGAGAACUAUCUCACUUGCCCCUUCAUCAAGCUCUGCCCUGACCUCGGUGUUCCUUGGUCUUCUUGCGUAAGGAAUCCCUCAUCGACGAGUUUUGCCAGAGAGAUCUUUACUAACAUGUAA